AUGCUGGGCGGCCCAUGCGCUAUGCAUUGUGCUGUGCCGUGCGUCGACUUCAUCGGUGAGGUGUCAGCAGUGAGCACCGGGGCUCCCGAUGGGCGUCCCUUGAGCUCUGUUCUCCGCAGUGUCUGCAGGCCCCAAGUGCUGGCGCGAGAUUGGGAUACGCUCCAGGGUUGCACCAAGACGGAAGGAGCUCAUGUCCUCGCCUUCUUAUUGCUCCUCACCGCUGCCGCCAACGGCCAGUCGCGCCGGGAAUUCACCCGAGCAGCGACUGCCUUCCCCGCGUUGAGGCAAGACAAACCAACCUUUUGGGAGGGGAGAGGGGGGGCAAUAACAGCAAUGAUAAACACGGGGGCGACUGCCAAUCCCUCGCGUCGCGCCGCCCCGGGGCAUAAUGUCUCAUUGACAAGACUGCGAGCGAUGCUUGCACCUGCCUUUGGCAACGUUGAACUCACUUACACGGAGACCAGACGCCCUCUCUAG